CGUCCCUCCGCUGUCGCAUUCGACUUUCCUCCCAGGCAUCUCCUCCUCUCAUCAUCUCUUUACAUCACUCAAAAUGAAGCGUAAGACACAGAGCAGCUCGAGUGCCAAAGGUCAGCCGGAGACGAAGAAGCGCGCCUUGUCCAGCGAGGAAGCCGCCGCCCGUUUCCGUGACGGUCUGUUCGAGCCCUCGGAGCAACAGAAGUAUACCGAGCAGUACGCUCAAUCUGCUCCCUACAAGCAUGGAGUCAUUUCCCCCUUGAUCGAGCCCUCUCUCCUCCGCGCAGUCCGCGAUGAAAUCCAGGCACAAGUCGACUUUACCGAGAAGGAGACGGAUAUUUACAAGAUCUUCCAGUCUGGUGAUCUGGCAAAUCUGGACGGUCUUGACGAUGCCUCCUUGGCCAAGCUCCCUUCGAUCCUGAAGCUACGCGAUGCUAUGUACUCUGCGCGCUUUCGCGAAUACCUCUCCGCCGUGACCGGAUCCGGCAAGCUCAGCGGUCGCAAGACCGACAUGGCCAUCAAUGUCUACAACGAAGGCUGCCACCUCUUGUGUCAUGACGAUGUCAUUGGCAGCAGACGUGUAUCCUACAUUCUGUACCUCACCGAUCCCGAUACCCCAUGGCAAGAAGAAUGGGGUGGUGCGCUGCGCCUCUACCCUACAACCACGAAGAAGGAUGUCAAUGGCGAGGAUGUCAAGAUCCCCAGCCCGGACUUCAGCCUUAGCAUUCCUCCCGCGUUCAACCAGCUGAGCUUUUUCACCGUUCAACCUGGCGAGAGUUUCCACGAUGUUGAGGAGGUCUACCACCCUAAGGAGAACGAGGACAAGUCCAAGAAGCGGGUGCGCAUGGCGAUCAGCGGAUGGUUCCACAUUCCCCAGGAAGGCGAAGACGGAUACGAGGCUGGCUUGGAGGAGAAGCUCGCCGAGCGUAGCAGUCUUGCCCAACUCCAGGGACGAGGCGAUAUCUACGAUCUCCCCCAGCCCAAGCCGGUCGUCUGCGAGGAGGUCGACGGACCGGCGGAUGAGGGCAAGGGCAAGGGCAAGGCGAAGGUGGAAGAAGAACCCAGCACCGAGUUCACGGAGUCCGACCUGAACUUCCUGAUUCAAUACAUCGCCCCCUCAUAUCUGACUCCUGACAUCGCCGAGGAGAUGUCGGAGACUUUUGGCAAUGAAUCCUCCCUUAGCCUUGACCGAUUCCUGUCGGAGAAAUUCGCCGCUCGCGUGCGCACGUACAUUGAAGAGCAGGAGAAGCGGUCCCUGCCCAACAACUCGGACGAGAUCCUUGCCCAGACCGGGUGGACCGUUGCCCGGCCCCCCCACAAGCAACGCUAUAUGUUUCAGCAGCACGGAACCGCGACGGAGGAUCAGAAGACCCCACUCCAAGAGCUACUCAACGACCUCUUUCCGUCCCGGGCUUUCCGCAAGUGGCUGGCGCUGAUCACCGGUGCGGCUCGCAUCUCGAGCUUCGACUACCUUGCGCGCCGUUUCCGCCGGGGCCAGGAUUACACCCUCGCCAGCGGCUACGAUGGGGAGGAGCCCCGCCUGGAGUUCACUCUGUGCCUGACGCCCACGCCCGGGUGGGAGCCCGAAGGCGCGGAGGAUGAAGACGAGGAGGCCGACGGCGAGUCCGAGGAGAAGUCCUCGUCCAAGCCCAAACCCGAGUCCACGGGCGAUGAGCCCGCGGUGGGUGGAUACGAGAUCUACAUGGCCGGAGACGACGAGGACGAGGGCGACGCGGCGAUCUAUCGGUCCGCCGCCGCCGACGAGGACGACGGCAUUCUCUUCAGCACAGCGGCCGGAUGGAACCGCCUCAGCAUUGUCCUUCGCGACAGCGGCACGCUCAAGUUUGUCAAGUACGUCAGUGCCGCGGCCAAGGGUGACCGCUGGGACAUCACUGGUGACUUGGGUGUUGAGUUCGACGACAAUGACGAUGAGGAGGACGAGGAUGAUGGUGAUGAUGAUGACGACGCAGCUGAUUUUGAAGACAUGGAGGAGGACGAAGAGGAGGGAGAUGAUGAAUGAACACUUUGAAUCCAAAAAUGAGCCUGUAUAUACCAAUGCCUUGGAAGCCAUAUUGAGACCAGGAUACUAAAAAAUAGAUCUUGUUUACCCUAC